UUAUAUUUAUAAUAUCCUCGGCUAAUGGAAGCUGUAAGGAAGCACUGUACAGCUGUAAGAGGAUGGUUAAGCCAUUCUUAUACGACCUCAGAUACAUGUUCCCUACGGCCAUCAGAGACGUGGAAGACAUGUGCAAAUUAUGGAGCCGAUUCAUCGAUUGUGUUAGAACUUAUAUGAGCGAGUGCACUAAUCGAUUAAUUAAGUCGAAAUUCAAUGCUGCGGUCGGCGAUACCGUUCGCACAGUUCACGCUAUAUGCAGUUCUAAUAAGUAUCAGAGAGAUUAUCUAGAUCACGCAGUUUGCUUCAAAAGGGUGGCAGCUGCUAAUUGUGGAUCUUACUAUCGUCGAAUGGUCGAACAGGUUACUAAUUCAAGAGCCGAAAAAAAUCACAUUUGUUGCACAUUUAGUCAUUUUCAACAGUGCGUGAACGAUCCUUUACUGCAUCAGUGUGGUAAGCAAGCACACGAAUUAAUGGCCCAUUCAAUGACUUAUCUAAUAUCUCACUGUGGGAAUGCAUUUUAUCCAUUGCAUUACAGAUGCCCAAAAGCGGAUCCGGAGAAUUUAUUAUCUCAAACAUCUACCAAUAAAGUGACAGCCAGCAGGUAUCACGCUACAACUACAUCAAGUACUUGGAUCCCUCGUACAGUCAUAUAUAGUCUGUCUCCAACACAGAGCAGCAGGACAUCUGUAGGUGAUAGUGUCAAACCGGCUAGUGCUCUAUUUAUUUUGCUCGUUUCUUACGUAUCAUACAUCUUUCGUGGGAGAUAAUAAACUUGCAUUCUGUACUUAAGCAUCGCUUCAUUAAAUCAUCAAAUACUUUAUAAGAAAUAAGGUCGUGCCUCUUUACAUUAUCUUCUUGUCAUUUGCACAUUAUUUAAAAUCGAAUGUCAAAUGAACAUGUGUAUUUUUAUUUUU